AUGGAGAAGAGAAAAGUGUAUGAGUACAGCGUCAGAGAAGACACUAGCCUCUUCGAGCAUAUCUGUGAGAAACCAUGCGAACAAGACCGCAACCAGUCAGACGAUGGAGUCACCUCCAGACUCGAUCGCCUUCGAAUGAAGUGGCUGGGAUCGUUGGCGAGAGGCGAUACUGGAUACCGUGUUCCGAAGGGGGAGUGGGGAUUUCCUGGAAUUCCGGGGACGCCCGGUGUGGAUUAUCCGACCUUGGAAUCCAUCCCUGACAUUGCCUUCACCUGUCCCCAGUCGGGAUUCGCCUAUUAUGCCGACCCGUCUACUCGCUGUCAGGUGUUCCACGUGUGCAACUUCUACGCGAUGUACUCCUUCCUGUGUCCAAUCGGAACGGUGUUCAAUCAGCGAUAUCUAGUCUGCGACUGGUGGUACAACGUGGACUGUCACCGUUCCUCUUCCCACUAUCGACGGAUCGAUCCUAUCGAAGAAGAGGGCUAUCCUACCAGAGAAGAGGGCUAUCCUAUUGAAGAAGAAGAAAAUCCUAUUCAAGACGAAGGGGUCCCCGACAUAAAUGAAAAGCCCCUGCUGGUGGAGAUCGAGGACACUUAUGCCGUUCCAAAUGGAACCGGCGAGGUGAUCGAGGAAGAUGAGUUCCCCGAUGAGUUCUCCAUCGAUUAUACGUAUAGUGCCCCCGAAACGAGGGAAGUUGCCGUCGGAAGGAAUCACGUCUUAGAAUUUGGACCAAGAGACCCAAAUCCUAAACUUUAGAAGUUCAAGAAGUUUCUUUUCGAAAGGAAAGUAUUCUGGAAGCUGAACUGCCGGGUGGAGGUUUUACUUAUAUCCGCGUGGAAUAUCAUUUUUGAUGCUGG